AUGUUGGACCAGAACGGAUCCCUACACACACUACCACAGACCAGGAGCAUUGUCGAACCCGAGUGCAAAAUUUUCAUGUACUGGGCGGGUAGCGCUGCAAGGCUGUACUCAUUCCUGGCACCCUCAACGGUCGGGGGUUUCAGUGACUGGGAGGAGAUUGUCGAAAAGUACAUGUCUGAUGAAAGCCUCCGCGAGGGCAGAGACCGAAGCGAAAUCUCUGAGAGGGUUUGCAUCGCGAAGAAUGGGUCUGAUGAUUUCAACGGCACGGUCAUCUCGAUCCCUGGACUCAAGGAUAUGCAUGAUUACGAACGAGAAUUCGGUGAAGUCCCACUGCAGGCGGGUGUGACAUCAAUGCUUCGAGAAACAGUAAGUCUCGCGAAAGCGACCGAUGGGGUCGUGUGCGCUUCAGCGAUGGCACUGGAGGGCGACACCUUGACUGCAUGCAACAAGUACACGACUGUGCAUCCCGUGGGUGUCCAAAUCGCGCCGAGGGGUUGGUCACACGAUGUCCCAACUAUAAAGGAGGAUAAACUGCUCUCCUUUAUUCAACACUAUGGCAAGGGCGAGGUUAUCUUGAUAUCCUUUGGUUCGCUCGUCUUUCCAACCAACCGGGGUAACUUCCAGGCUCUGAUCACUUCACUCAUAGAGGCGAAAUACCCAUUUGUUUUGGUCCUUGGCGGUAUGUUCGCCGGUAAGGGCGUUGAUGCUGAAGACAUCAAGAAGAUCCACGACAGUGGCGUUGGUCAUGUCUGCGAUACGUGGGUUGAUCAGCUGGCCCUCCUGCAGCAUCCAGCCAUUGGAUGGCUGUUCGCACACGGCGGCUUCAACUCGACAGUGGAAAGCUUGGUACAAGGUAAACCACUUAUUGGAUGGCCGCUGGCUCCAGGCGAUAACGCGAUCAACACUGCGAUGGCUUCAACACGAGCAAAGCCUGUGGCAUUCGAGGUGAUGCAGAUCAGAACUGGACAUGCCAGAGGUAAACCUAUGAGAGGGGGCCCUGAAAUUGAUGGCACUGAGGAGAGUGUGAAGCGCGAGUUCGAGGAAAUCCUGGCGAAGAUGAGAGGUGAAGAGGGCAAAGAAAGAAGGGAAAAUGCGCAUGCUCUUGCCGCAGACUUAAGAACUGAGAGGGAUGGCAUUGCCCAAAAGGUCGUCGCGAAACUGGCUGCGAUCUGA